UUGGUAAUCAUCAGCUGGUGUUGCAGAGAAGAGCAGAACAUGUCAAAUUUUGGUGAUUUUCCUCCAUUUUCUCUCGUUUUUGGCGGCUGGUGGUGAAGAGACACGGAGGGAGAGGAGGGAGAGUGCCCAUGUGAGAGGGGAGAGGGAGAACACACAGGAGGAGAGUGAGGGAGACCUGUUAUUGGCUCUGAAAGAAAAUGGUAAUUAAUUGGUCUCACCUGGCACAAUGUUGAGGACCGACCACCAGGUGAAUGGAGACAGGCUUUCCGGAGACUGUACAGCCAUGCCUCGCUCACCAAGGACUGAUAAGGGCACAAAGGGGCUGUCGGACAAACGUACAGACAAAGACUUCAUUUAUGGCAAGCUCAUCGGCGAAGGAAGUUUCUCAAGUGUGUAUCUGGCCAAGGACAUACACACAAACAAUGAAUAUGCAGUGAAGGUCUGUGACAAGGAACACAUCAAGAGAGAGAGGAAGGUUCAACAAACUAUAAGAGAGAAGGACAUUAUGAACAUUCUUAACGAUCGAUGGGACAGCUCUGCGCCCUUUUUCGUCAAGCUCUCCUACGCUUUCCACGAUGAUUCCAAGCUCUAUUUCGUAAUGACAUUUUGCAAGAAUGGGGAACUGUUGUCGCUGUUGCAGGUCGGAAAUUUUGACAGAGAAGGCGCUCGAUUUUAUUUUGCGGAGAUGGUGCGUGCCAUGGAACACCUACACUCCCUGCGCAUCAUCCACAGGGACAUGAAACCGGAAAACAUUUUGCUUGAUGAAGAUAUGCACAUCAAGAUUACGGACUUUGGAUGUGCCAAGAUACUCACCAAGGAGGAGGUGGAGGCUACAGGCUGCGACGACCGCCCCAGGAAGAACAGUUUCGUUGGGACAGCGCAGUAUGUGUCGCCAGAAUUAUUGAGCUCAAAAGGGUGUGGUCCAGGGGCUGACAUGUGGGCCCUGGGCUGUAUCCUGUACCAAAUGGUGUCUGGCCUCCCCUUCAGAUCAAAGAGCGAGUAUUUUAUCUACCAGAAGAUACAGAAGCUGGAAUAUGAAUUUCCUAAUGGCUUCUACGAGGACGCCAAGGACAUGGUGCGCAAACUGCUGGUAAUCAACCCUGAGGAACGUCUGGGGGCGAGUGACCCCCUGGGGCGCUACACCUCCAUCCGCAGUCACCCCCUCCUGGCUGACCUCGAUCUGGACACCAUGCAUCUGAAAAAACCCCCGAAGAUCGCCCCCUUUCUACCACAGGGGGAUGAGGAGAUUAAUUGGGAACUGAAUCAGCCGGGCCUAAAAUCAAUUGCCCUUCAGCUGGAACUAGGCCUACAGCUGAGGGAUACUGUGGAGGAGGAGGUGGAGGAACAGCUGCCCAAGAGGAGAGACAAGCGGAACUUAGCGGACGUGGGAAGAGAGGAGUUUGUGGCGAGAUUAGCGGAACAGGAGAGAGAGAACAAGUGGAACAGAUUUGUGGAGGGAAACCUCAUCCUUAAGCAGGGAUUAAUGGACAAGAGGAAGGGUCUAUUCCCAAGACGACGCAUGUUCCUCCUUACAACGGGGCCACAUCUCUACUACGUGGACCCCGUUAACCAGGUCCUUAAGGGCGAGAUUCCAUGGUCUGCCACCCUUUCCACUGAGGCCAAGAACUUUAAGACAUUUUUCGUGCACACACCCAACAGAACUUAUUACUUGGAAGAGCCUGAAGGAUAUGCUCUGAUGUGGUGCAAUGCCAUACAGGAGGUCAAGGAUUUCUAUUUCCCACAAUCCUCCACCUCCACCACCACCACCACCUGAUUUCUCCACACUGAGCGGGAAAGUGGAAGAUUGGGCUGGAAAUUGGGCGGGUUCUGGCGGAUGGUGGUGAUGGUGGUGGUAGAUUUGGGCUAGUUUUGGCGGGUUUUUUUCGUUUUUUUAUUUUCUAUAUUUUUUUUCUUUUUUCAGUGUGUGUGUGUGUGAGUGAGUGAGUGAGUGAAUUUUUCCUCUUCCUUUUCCUCCUCCUCCUCCUCCUCCUCCUCCUCCUCCUCCUCCUCCUCCUCCUCUGUAAAGGCUUAGAUCACAAACUUUCGCAAAAUUACCAAAACAAAUUUCAAAGUUGUCAAAUCCUUAAGUCUUAGCUCACCAUUAUCUUGACACACGCAUGCAAGCAGGGAUAGGCAGCCAGGAGUGGAGGGUAGCAAGGUCACGGCCAUGUUCAAGACAGUAAAUGAAUGACACCCAGCUAACUACAGAGCACUCGGCCUUACUCCAGCAGUGUGCUAGCUGGUAAUGUUAAUCACACUGGCAAAGACCCAGCGUGGAGUGGCCAGAGUGACUCCAGGAUUGAGAAAGCAGCUGUGUGCGUAGGAGUGGAGGCGUUACAUUUAUUCAGCUUAACAAGGCGCAGGAUAGCAGGAGACAUAAUCGAAGUGUUGACAAUUUUUGGUGGCUCUAACAACCUUGACGCAAACAAAUAUUUCACCAUUGACCAUUCCACCAUGACAAGGAAUAAUGGAUUUCAAAUUACUCCCAAACGCUUCAAAACCCACCAGGCAAAGCACUUUUUCUUGAACAGAGUUGUUAACAUUUGGACCAAGCUUCCUUCACAAACACUAAACACUACUUCCUUUGCAUCAUUCAAAAACAACAUUGACAAAUAUUUAAAGAAUAACCCCCAACAAGCUCUCCUCUUGUCCCAAUAACUAAACAUUGUAUUAGUAUGACAAUUAUUGUGGCUAACUUUCCUAUAGACAGACACGCAGAGUUAGGCCUAGGCUCAAUAGACACGCAGAGUUAGGCCUAGGCUCAAUAGACACGCAGAGUUAGGCUAGGCUCAAUAGACACGCAGAGUUAGGCUAGGCUCAAUAGACACGCAGAGUUAGGCUAGGCUCAAUAGACACGCAGAGUUAGGCCUAGGCUCAAUAGACACGCAGAGUUAGGCCUAGGCUCAAUAGACACGCAGAGUUAGGCCUAGGC